UUUGCUGUUUUCAUUGUGUGAGGUGUCUUAUGUCAUUAGAGAUGAAGUAGAGAAAUGUAACCGGAAUGGAGUCAACGCUCUUCAGCUGGAUCCAGCAUUAAACCGACUAUUCACUGCUGGGAGAGACUCUAUCAUUAGAAUAUGGAGUGUCAGCCAGCACAAGCAAGAUCCCUACAUAGCGUCCAUGGAGCACCACACCGAUUGGGUAAACGAUAUCGUACUUUGUUGUAAUGGGAAAACAUUAAUAUCUGCUUCCUCUGACACGACAGUGAAAGUGUGGAAUGCCCAUAAGGGAUUUUGCAUGUCAACAUUAAGGACACACAAGGAUUAUGUGAAAGCCUUAGCCUAUGCCAAGGACAAGGAACUGGUGGCUUCUGCUGGGCUGGACAGACAGAUCUUCCUCUGGGACGUUAAUACUCUCACAGCACUGACUGCCUCAAACAACACUGUUACAACUUCUUCUCUAAGUGGGAACAAAGAUUCCAUUUAUAGUCUUGCAAUGAAUCAGCUGGGAACCAUCAUUGUAUCCGGGUCCACGGAGAAGGUUUUGAGGGUUUGGGAUCCAAGAACAUGUGCCAAGCUCAUGAAACUUAAAGGGCACACGGACAAUGUGAAAGCUUUGCUGCUCAACAGAGAUGGGACUCAGUGCCUUUCUGGCAGUUCUGAUGGAACUAUCCGCCUCUGGUCCCUCGGACAACAGAGAUGUAUAGCAACUUAUCGAGUACAUGAUGAGGGAGUGUGGGCUUUACAGGUCAAUGAAGCCUUUACUCAUGUUUCUGGAGGAAGAGACCGAAAGAUUUACUGUACUGAUCUGAGAAACCCUGAUAUACGGGUCUUGAUUUGUGAAGAGAAAGCCCCUGUUCUCAAGAUGGAGCUUGAUAAGUCAGCUGAUCCUCCACCUGCAAUUUGGGUUGCAACCACAAAGUCUUCAGUGAAUAAAUGGACUUUGAAGGGAAUUCAUAAUUUGAGAGCUUCUGGAGAUUACGACAAUGACUGUAGCAACCCUGUAACACCUCUUUGUACACAGCCUGAUCAAGCUAUUAAAGGAGGUGCCAGUAUUAUUCAGUGCCACAUUCUUAAUGAUAAGAGGCAUCUAUUAACCAAAGACACCAACAAUAAUGUGGCAUAUUGGGAUGUCCUAAAGGCAUGUAAAGUUGAAGAUCUUGGCAAAGUGGAUUUUGAAGAAGAAAUUAAGAAAAGAUUUAAAAUGGUGUAUGUGCCAAAUUGGUUCUCGGUUGAUUUAAAAACUGGGAUGUUGACAAUUACACUGGAUGAGAGUGACUGCUUUGCCGCUUGGGUUUCAGCAAAAGAUGCUGGUUUUAGCAGCCCAGAUGGGUCAGAUCCAAAAUUGAACUUGGGAGGGCUUUUACUGCAAGCUCUCCUAGAGUAUUGGCCCAGAACCCAUGUUAAUCCAAUGGAUGAAGAGGAAAAUGAGAUGAACCAUGUGAAUGGCGAGCAGGAGAAUCGAGUCCAGAAGGGGAAUGGCUACUUCCAGGUCCCUCCACACACUCCAGUGAUCUUUGGCGAAGCUGGUGGCCGUACCCUGUUCAGGUUGCUGUGUCGGGAUUCCGGAGGGGAGACUGAGUCAAUGCUGCUUAACGAGACAGUGCCCCAGUGGGUGAUUGACAUCACUGUGGAUAAAAAUAUGCCCAAAUUCAACAAAAUUCCCUUCUACCUCCAACCUCACUCAUCUUCAGGGGCAAAAACCUUAAAGAAAGAUAGACUGUCUGCCAGUGACAUGCUCCAAGUCAGGAAGGUGAUGGAGCAUGUUUACGAGAAAAUCAUAAAUUUGGACAGUGAAUCUCAGACCACCAGCUCGUCAAAUAAUGAAAAAACUGGAGAACAGGAGAAAGAAGAGGACAUCGCUGUGCUGGCAGAGGAGAAAAUUGAACUUUUGUGCCAGGACCAAGUUUUGGACCCAAAUAUGGACCUUCGAACGGUAAAACACUUCAUAUGGAAGAGCGGCGGUGACCUCACCCUCCAUUACCGCCAGAAGUCCACGUGAGGCCAUGAGGGCAAACACUCCUGGGUAUCCAUAUACUGACCUUCCUCUUGUGGUCCUGAGAGUAGUACUACCUAGUGAAGCCCACUGAACCCCCCACAGUAGCGAGACUUCUAACGAUCGAUUCAGCACGGACCGACAUUACCCCUUUUACCUGAAGUGACUAAUAGAGAUGUAAUAUAGAAACACGGUCUUUGCGGCCUAGACUCCAGUCUGUCCCAAGGGAGGCAGCUUGCACAGGUGGAGGGAGGGGUGCAGAGAGCGCCCACCAGGCCAGGGCAGACUGCUUCUCCCUUUCCUUUCCAAGGACUCAUCUCCGUCUCUUCAUGCUUGUUAGGAGACCUUGGGCCAUAUCUGUCACUGUGUUCUAAAUGUAAUUCAGACCUGCACGAUGUCUUGUCUUUUUUUUUUUUUUAAGCACAUUCCAUUCAGAGAGCACCUGUGAUGACCUUUCAAGCUGGUCAUCCAAAAAAAUCAAAUCAUUUUCACUAUUCAAAGACAAGAUCUUUUUUUGAAAAUGGGGGAAACACCAUUGCACCCUUGAGGGCAGUCUGUGUAAUUACAAAAUGGAGGGUCAAUAUUAGGCUUGUUUUUUAAUACUGUACUUCAGAUGUGUUCUUGUAGAAAGAGCUAUUAGAAUUCAGAAAUCCUGAGUCAGAACACUCAGGAAACACGGUUGCAGGGUCAGAUCAGCGAUACUGGGCCUCAUAAUGGAGUCAACACACUUUUCAGCAGGAGCCAAUUAAAACUUAGCCGUCUUGUUUCUUCCUUCCUGCACCGUGUCCAGUUGUAACUCAUGCCAGCUGAAAUUCAGGUCAUAACUCCAGGUGGAAACCCUAACUUUGUUACAACUUAAGAGCAUUCUGAAAUUUUAGCUUCAUUUAAAUGUCACCUAGAAUUUAUGUCAGAGUAAAGAAAAAUAUCAUAGCAGAUCAAUUUGAUGUUCAUAAUCUGAAAGUAGUUACUUGUUUUUCCAAAGUUUUAUAUGCAUUUUUUCGUUGUUAUGCCUAGAUCUUCUUUUCACUGUUCUUUCUAAUGAUCUAAAGCUUUCAUACGGUCAGUCAUCUGGGUCUUGUAUAGAGUUUAACUUAUUGGGGGAAAAAACAUUUCAACUUUUGGCAGGGAAAAAAAAUGAAACUUUGGCUUCUCCCCAAAGGCUGUUUGUAUGCAGAACAGAUCCAAGGUCCACCCCGAGAACUGCCCCAAGCCAGAAGCACAAGUGCCUUUGGAGGGUGGUUUGUUCCUGGCCUUGCCCCCACCCCUCCUGUGGGGGAGGGGGUGGGGCAGCCAGGGGGCCACAAGGUGCCGGUUCACACUCUUGCAAGGGACUGGGCUGUCUCACUCCCAUCAGGCUUCAUUUGGAAAGCAGCCAGUUCAUGCCUCCUGCCCUCGCAGGAGCCAAACAGACACACCGUGCUCCCUCUCCAGGCCACUUGGACGUGCUCCUGCCUUCAGAGAAAACUGGUUGGGGGGGGUUUUCAGUGUGAUGCCUCGUGUGCCAUGGUGGCACAUUCUUAGCAAUGUUGGUGAAUUAAACAGAAAAAAUAAAUGCCAUGGGAAGUCAUCAGUUGGCUCCUGAUCCUAAAUCCUCUUGGCAGGAGGGACCGCUCUUCUGAUGGAAGGGAGUUCUUCCAGGUCCUGUGGGUGCCCAAGUCUUACAGCCACUGCUUCCUCUUUACUUUCAUGGACCUAAAUUCCGCCAGGGUUCUCUUUCAUUCCCCUCCCUCCCUCCCUCCCUUCCUUUUCCUUCUAACCAACUCAGUAAUGCAAUUUCAGGAAAGUUUGACAGAGUCUGCAAUGCCAAAAGGGUAAAUAAUCUGUAUUUCACAGUUGUAUAGAAUAAAAGGCUUUAGUUAAAAUA